AUUUAUGGUAAUGUCCGAGAAAUUCUUACUGGAAUCCAUUAUGCUUAUGUGAUAUACUAUGAUCUUUGUGACGCUGUCAACGCAUAUUAUUUUUUCUUUCAUCAAGUCGCGUCUCAUAAUCAGCAUGGAUUGAAAAUCCAGUUUUCUUCUAAAUCAUACCUGUGCAG